AUGAUCUUCAACUUGGUUGCGGUAACGCCUCUCGUCGAACGAUUCGAGUCCGAAUAUGGAACCCUAGUCACACUGGUGCUAUUCACAGGGCCAUUCGGAACGAUACCAGGAGGAGUCUAUACGCUCCUGGAGAAGUUCGUUCUCAGGAGCAACACCAUUGUCAUGGGAGCAAGCAUAUGGGUAUUCCUUCUUCUUUCAGCAGAAGUCAUGAAGACACAGAAAACAAAUCCUUAUUUUAGUGUUGGCCCGUACAGAGUCCCCACCUGGACGACACCCCUCAUGCUCGUUGGCGUCACGAGUAUCCUUGUACCAAACGUAAGCCUCAUCGGACACCUCUGCGGCGCCGGCCUCGGAUAUCUAUGGGCAUCUGGUUAUAUCAAAUUCCUCGUACCCCACGAGAAGAUCCUCAGAUGGCUCGAGACCAAGCUGAACUUGCUUGCAAGGCUACCACACUAUGUCAGUGUAGACCAGAAAACAUAUGGUCGUUACGGUGUCCUGCCCACCGCCGCGAUACCGUUAGGCAACAUGCCCAGAAGUCCUGUAGUUGGAGAUGGACAACGACUGGGACCGUAA